AUGCUGGUUUGGAAACUGAUGGGUGGCGUGAAGAAGCUGUGCACUGCAACCAGACCAACCGUGGCGCUACUCGAGGUCCACCAGUUGCUGUUCCAGCGGCUGGCGUUCAAGAUCGCCCAGGACUUCAAGACCGACCUGCACUCCCAGAGCUCAGCCGCCAGGGCACUGCAGGAGGUGUGGGAGGCCUACCUGGUGGGGCUCUUCGAGGACACCAACCUCUGCGCAUUCCCCGCCAAGUGCGUCACCAUUAUGCCCAAGGACAUCCAGCUGGCAUGUCACAUCCGCAGUUUACGAUGCUAA